CACCGCGCCCACAGAGGUAAACAUCCGUCUUCCUGCCCCGCCUCCUUGCCACGCAGACACCGCGCUUCCGGCGGGGCUUUGCUGGACCACUUUCCCAAGGCGGCAGCUCCUCGCCUUGGCCUGAAACUGUCCAGAGUGCAAUGGCGGGCAAAGUAGGACCAGAGCAUCUCUUCAACCCAGGAACCGAAAUGGAGGCAGCGGGAUCAGUGCUGGGCACCAAGAUCUCCAUCCCAGCUCUUUUGCCCCAAGGCCCUGCCAAAGAAUGGCUGGAGCAGCGGAAAGCCACCAUCCGUCCCUGGGCCAACUUUCUGGAUCAGCGGCGUUUUGGGAAACCUCGGAAUUUUGGGGAGCUGUGCAAGCGGCUCGUGCGUAACGUCGAAUAUUUCCAGAGCAACUACGUCUUUGUUUUCUUGGGACUCAUUGUCUAUUGCCUCAUCACAUCCCCUCUGCUUCUGAUCGCUCUCGCCAUCUUCUUUGCCUGUUACAUCAUCUACCUGAAGACACAGCAGUCACAGCUGGUCGUGUUUGGCCGGGAACUCAGCACAGCCCAUCAAUAUGGUCUAGCCGGAGGCAUUUCUUUUCCUUUCUUCUGGCUGGCAGGAGCUGGAUCUGCUGUAUUCUGGGUGCUGGGUGCCACGUUGGUCGUCAUUGGCUCCCACGCCGCCUUCCACGAGCUGGAAUCCGGAGAGAGCGACGAUCUGCAGAUGGAGCCGGUGUGAACAGCCUGGAGGAUGUUGGCUGGCUCCAAUAACAUCCCCAGCACUUUCUGUGCUUCGGCGUUACUUUUCUGUCGCCUCUGUAUAUACGUCUGAUGUUGCAUUGCAUUUCUCCCCCCCCCCCUUUUUUCUCUCUUUGCGAGAGUCUGUUUUGCAGGCUUCCUUCUGGCCUCCUAAACCUCCACCAUUCCCCCUUUGGUCCCCCAACCCUCCGUUCCUAGCCCCCUCCCACAAACUCCUAGUCCCUCCUGGUUUUCCCUGUCUGGGGCGUGCUGUAACGCAGCCCACUCUUCCUUUCCUCCACUGUGAGCUGAUCUCCACAUUAAGUCAUUCCAUAACAGUCAAGCCCUGGAGGUUUUCGAUCAACGUCUUGAGUCCAGCCUCCCGUUUUUCCUCUUACCGGUAACAUUAAAGAAAGACAGCAGUUA